GUUUACUGCUUGGCAUUGUUGGACCCUUGACCUUGACCCAAAUUAAAGGUUCCAUAUUUAAAGAGGGUACUGACUUGAGUAACUGCUGUUGGGCAUGCAGCUAUUCUGGCUGCCAUUCAGAGAUAUGUCCCUGCUUUGAUACCUUCAACGUAUGGACCAGAAAGGUUAGAUCUCUUGAGGCAGAUUGAGAAAGUGAAGGAAAUGGAAACCAGUGAAACGGACCCUGAAGAAAAAAACACUGGGGAAGUAGCCUGAACAGCAGUGCAAGAUGAUGUUGGAACCUCAUAAGUUGGAAUUUUCUCUCAAUGUGGUGGUAGGCACCAAUGGCUGCAGUCUUGAGGAGCUUCUGCAGGAGUACCCGGCUCACGAUAACGUGAAGGGUGACCAUCAUUCCUGAAUUCCGUCAGAUAUGUGAUGUUUAAGAACUGCACCUUCCCAUUGCUGUAACUCAUUUCAUUUAUUACAUUAUAAAUGUACUGAUUACUCAAAGGAUCAGUUUCCAGCUUCGUGUGGUUUCUCCCUGGUUCGUUAUCUGCAUCACAGAAUCCUCCUUCAUUCCAUGUGCCGUUCCUGCAAUUUACACACAGCAGAACCAGGAAUCAUCACACAUUAUCACAU